AUGUCGCUCUUGACCGGAGGACAUCGCGUGAGCGCGACGGUGUGCGAGGCGAGCUCGCUGGACAGCGCGCGGAGCUCCGCGAACCACGAAUUCGCGACGCGAAUCAUGUCGUCCGAGCUCGUGAAUCUGCAGGAUCCCGGCGUGGAGGUGUCGAACAAGCUGCACGAGCUGUGCACGGUCGUGAAAGUGAGAUGCGCGGACCGCAUCGCGCUGCUGCUGGACAUCGUGAACUUCUUCCGCGACUGCGCAAUCACGAUCGUGGAGGCGGAGGUCACCACGACUGCGAACGACGGCAUGGCGUCUGACAUAUUCCUCGUCCAGGACGGACCGAACCGCGAGAAGGUGAAGUCCACCAGGCGGCUCGCGGAGUCGCUGAGGGGCGUCAUCCUCGUGCACGAGGAGAACUUACGGUCGAGCCAGGAGCAACCCAUCGACCUUGCCGCGUGCGGGGCGUGGAACCACCGAGACGCGAGCGUGGAGUUCGCGCCAAUCAUUUUGAGCGACCUCGUCGCUCGCGGGGACUCGCCGCCGAUUCCAGGCGCGAGCGCGGACGACGGCGGCGGCGGCGGCGGGCUCGAAGACCGAGAUGACAGCGCGAAGGGCGCGAUGUCCGCGUUGAUGAGUCGACUCGACGUCGGCGGCGACGACGACGGCGCCGCCCGGGAGAAGGCGAAGAUCUCGCGUCGCGUCUCCUCCGUUCGCGGCGACGGAUUAAAACUCAACUCGAGCGACGUCAACGCGACGGAAAUUCACAUGGAGGUUCCCGACCGUGUCGGUCUUCUGUCCGACGUCGCGAACUGCCUGCGACGGGAGAACCUGAACAUCUUGCACGCGCAUAUAUACACCACCUCGGAUGGCAUGGCGUCAAACUACUUCUCCGUCCAGUGCACGGACACGAAGACGAAAGUGCCGUCGGGAGUGCUCGAGAAAGUGAGAGCCGCGCUCGCGGCGCGGUGCCACCGCGACGCUGUCCCGGGGCGUUCUGCGAUACAUGGGAGGUUAUCGAGGAGAAUCUCGAGCACCGGGCUGAAAGAUUCCGAGACACGAGACGAGAUCUCGCACCGGGUCAUGCAGCACCGCGAGGAAGUCACGCAACAGAGCCCGAACCACCGUCACCGCGUAAGAAAACUCGCGCACUUGGACCUCAAUGCGCUGCCGCCGGCGAGUUCGACGAUGAGCGCGUCGGACCGAGCGGUCGCGGAAGCCGCGCUGUGCGAGCUCCCAGCGUAUGCGUCGCUGACGUCCAGGGCGGCGCGCGAUGAAAUCAUCGACGAGUUGCGCGAGGUGAAAUGGGAACCUGGCGAGGUCGCGUUCGACGCGAAGGACCCGAUCCCGAACGUGUACAUCGUCACGCGAGGAUGUUUGGCUCGCGACGCGUUCUUCUCGAAGAGUGGACAGAGCAACCCGCGCGUCUUGCUGAGAAAAGGCGACCUCGUCGGCGAGGUUGCGCUGAAUCACGCGCAAACCGCGAACGCGGCGAUCACGAGCGUGGACGAGAACGGAGUACCGGUCGAGACGACGGCGUUCGCGAUCAACUGCGAGACGUUCAAGCGCAUCGUACGAACGCGCAUUCACCGUCAACGUCAGCUCUGCAACAACGUUUUGAAUAUCAUAUUGACGUUUCGCGCGGUGCCGACGCGGAAGAAGGAGUUGUUAUUGAACGCGUUGUGGAGCGCGUCCGUGGCGAUGCCUCCCGGGACGAAGCUCGAGUUUGGAACGAUGUCCACAGCGUUGCACGUCGUCUUAGAAGGCGAGGUCGACGUUGUCCCGCUGCAUAGCGAGGAGAAGAAAAAGACGCUGAGAGGCGGGGACACGUUCGGGAACGAUUUCUUGAUGUCUCCGGAGAUGU